AUGUGCAGCGACGUGUGCAACUUCUCCCGCCAGCUCAUGUUCUCGGCCGCAAGGUGGCGGUGCACAUGCACCUGGAUGCGAAAGCACUGGAGCGAGUCGGCCCACGACAACUACCCCUUGGUGCGGGAGUUUAUGCAGCGUGAUUUGUUCGAGCUGCUGUACUCUCGGUUCCUCCACUGCUCGGACCCCAACGCCCCUCCACGGCAACUACCGACCGGAGAGGACAACCCGGAGUACGACUCGAAGUGGCAUAUCAGGGACCUGGAGAAGAUCCUUAACUGCGCGUGGUCCGAAAACGUUGACUUGGGUCAGUGGUUGUGCUACGACGAACAAAUGGUGAAGACAGCAAGCACGUUUUCGAAAGGACUCGCUCACUUCAACCCGGCGAAACCCAUCACACACGGGAUGAAGCUAUAUGCCGUGUGCGACAGGAACGGAUACUGCUUGAUCAACAGCAUCGACGGGAGCUUCAAAGGUGAUCCCUCCCUUAGAUCCUUGGAGGAUUGCCCCCUCGGCAAAACCACGCGACACGUGCUUCACGUCCUGCUGGAGGAGUGCGAGACGCUGCGCGGAAAGCUUGUCGGUUCCGGCGUCUUCAUCGCAAUGGACAACUACUUCACCUCGCCCACCCUGUUCGCCUGCCUCGCGUCACACGAGAUCUUCGCCGUGGGUACCUGUCGCAGCCCGCGGACGUGCGGCGCCCUCCCGUACAUUCAGAGCCUCGAGCGUACGACUCCCAACCCGGGCGACAUGACCUUCUGCCGCUCGGGUGAGAUGGCGUUCGUGCAAUGGAGAGACUCGAAGGAGAUUCUCCUUUGCAGCACGGUCCACAUCGGGGAGACGGGGGAAGAGGGGGGCGACAUCAACCACUUCAAGCCUGUACCUCUAGCUCUGAAAGGCAAAGGUUGGGCGGGGAAGCAUAAGGAACACGAUCAGCCGGUGAUGCGUAUGGACUACGUGAAGUACAUGGGGGGGGUUGAUAGGGCAGACCAGCAAAAUGAGUCGCACUACCACGACCAUAGGUCCUACACGAAUCACUGGCGGCGCGUUUUUGACGCGAAGAUCAUGCAGAUGCUGACCAACAACUUUCUGUUGUUUCGGAUGUGGGUGCGGCUUUUGAUGAGCGAGGUGGACGUCUUGAUGGACGCACACAACACCCCCUUUGAGGAGGUUCAAGAGUUGGCGGAUGUAAAGAAGGAGUUGGAGAGGCUGAGCAAGAGGGAGAGGGUUGAUUGGGACGAAGAGUUGUCUGAGAUUCUGAUGAGGAGAUGCAACGUGGGAACCAUCAGGAAGGGCGGGAAAGUCCCUCGGUCGUCGGAGAGACAACAGCCUAGGGGGAAGGUUUGGGGUAGCGUCGAGAUAAAGUCACACAGGGUGUGCAUGGACCCUGCAUGCUCAAAGCGAACGCUCAAAGGGUGCACAUGCGAGGAGUUUUGCACUUUCGAGGGUCAGAGAGGGGUAUUGAUGUGCAAGACGUGCUUCCUCGACAAGGACCGCUACGCGGCCGCCGCCGAAGCCAACUGGCAUGGGGUCGAUGUACUGCCGAGGAGGUCACAGAUGGAAUGGAAGGGGGUGUCUUAG